AUGCCCACUGGCCGGGAGUUCAUCACAGCCUUCCUGCAAAACCAUAAGCUGGACUACUCUGAAGCUCAGUUCCAGCUCUACGUUUCCGGCUACUCACCUUCUACCACCGUCACCAUCUCAGUCUACAAAUCUAAGUUCCACAGCCAAUUCCCCCUCGCCCGGGGUCAGACUGCCAAAGUGAAGAUACCAGCUUAUGCAGAGAUGGCCGGCACAGCUAAAUUCUGCUACACCGUUGUGGUGAAAGCUAACCAAGACAUCUCUGUGUUGGCCCUCAACUCCAAGAAGAAUACAGCCGACACCACUGUGAUCUACCCAGUCCACAGCCUAGGCACAGAAUACUAUGUCCUCACACCUCCUGGAGAGCUGUCCAAUUCAUACAAGGAGUUCUCCAUCAUUGCGUGGCAGGACCUCACUGCGGUGGAGAUCCAUCUCAAGGGCAGCGUGAGAUUCCAGGGGCGUAUCUACCCAGCAGGCAGCAAGCUGAAUGCCGUCCUUUCUCCCUACGAAGCCAUCCAGCUCCAGAGCCGCCAAGACCUCUCUGGCACCCUUGUAAGAUCAGCACGGCCAGUGGCUGUGCUAAGUGGGCACACCUGCGCCAAUAUGAACACCAAUUGCAACCAUGUGGUGGAGCAGCUUCUGCCAGUGUCUAGCUGGGGCCGGGCCUUCUUUCUCCUCUCACUCUCUUUCCAGACAAAGUACGACCUUGCGUACAUAGUGGCGUCCCAGCCCACCACAGUCACCUGUGUCUCUGGUGGGAUCCAUACGAACUACAACCUUGUGGCUGGGCAGGUGCUUCAGCUGAAAGUCUCACGUUUGGGUCCCAUUUACAUCACAGCCAAUGUGGGCAUCCAGGUCUUCUUCUUUUGCACCGGUGGUACCCAUUCUGGCCUGACCUUCGACCCCUUCCUCCUUAGUAUCCCUGACGUGUUCAGCUACUGCACAUCUUACACCCUCGGAGGCCUGGAGAACUUUGACAAUUCUGCGUUCAUUGUUGCUAAGACCGCUGCUGCUUCUGGGAUCACCAUGGAUGGCCGUGCGUUGAGUGGCACCUCUUGGAGACAGAUUCCAGGAACAGAAUACUCCUGGAGCGAGUACAGUCUGGGGAAGAAAGAAAGCACCCAUUCCAUGACACAUCCCAGCACCCCCUUUGCCCUGUUAAGUUUUGGCAUUGCCAGCAGGAAUGCCUAUGGUGCAAUGGCACUCUGCCAUCCCUCUCAGCCUGUCCCCCAACCAUCCUGCAGUUCCACCAAGUGCCGGAAGAAGGAGACUUGCCAGAUCAGGAAGGGCCAGCCUGUAUGUGUGGCACAGUCUACUGCCACCUGCUGGUCUCUGGGUGACCCCCAUUACCGUACUUUUGACAAGCAGAAAUACAACUUCAUGGGCACCUGCACCUACACGCUGGCCAAGACCUGUGGAUCGGACACCACACUCCCAGCUUUCCACAUCACAGCCAAAAAUGAGAACCAAGGCAAACGGAGCGUCUCCUUCAUAGGGUUUGUGACAGUCCAGGUCUAUGGAUACCACAUAAGUGUGGCCAGAAAGGAGUAUGGCAUAGUCAGGGUGAAUAACCAACGCUCCCAGCUGCCCAUCUCCCUGCAAGAGGGGAAGCUGCGUCUAUACCAGAGCGGGACCUCUGUCUUCAUCGAGACUGACUUCUCACUGAAGGUUUCCUAUGACUGGAACAACCGCCUCUGGGUGAAGAUUCCCAGCAGCUUCUUUGAGAACGUUUGCGGCUUGUGUGGUAACUACAAUGGUGACCCUACUGAUGACUUCAAGACCUCGGCUGGGUCCUUGGCCCCCAGCCCUGUGGAGUUUGGGAAGAGCUGGAAAGUGGAAGAUGGCAACAAGCUCUGCUGGGAUGACUGCCAUGGAGAAUGCAAAAAGGUCACCUUGGAGGUGCUCAUCAAAUACAAAGUGGAGACUUUCUGUGGCUGGAUCAGCAAACGGGAGGGCGGCCCGUUCAGCCAAUGCCACUCUGUCGUUGACCCUGAAAUCUUUGUGGAAAACUGUGCCUAUGACCUCUAUAUCUAUGAAGGCCACCGAGAGACUUUGUGCCAAGCACUGCAGAGCUAUGCUGAUGCCUGCCAGAGGGAAGGCGUAACCCUGUUGGACUGGAGAAGACUCACGGGCUGCUUGCUCUCCUGCCCUGAGAACAGCCAGUACAAGCUCUGCGGCUCAGCCUGCCCAGCCACUUGCAACGACCAAGCUCUUCCUUCCAACUGCUCUUCAUCACGCUGCAUGGAAACUUGUCAGUGCAAUGAGGGUUUUGUGCUAGAAGCUGGGAAGUGUAUCCCCAAGGCAGCUUGCGGUUGUGCCUUCGAAGGGAAGCUCUUUUCUCCCGGCGAGCAGUUCUGGGGAGACAGCACAUGCACAAAGCGCUGCAUCUGUGACCCGCAGAGCAAGCAGAUGAAAUGCCAGCCUGCCAGCUGCAAGGCUGGAGAGCAGUGCAGGGUGGAGAAUGGCCUCCAGAACUGCUACCCAACUGGCUAUGCCACCUGCUCUGCAGCCGGUUACUCUCAUUACCACGGUUUUGACGGUCAGAGUUUUAACUUCCAGGGCACCUGCCUCUACACAUUUGCAGGACUCAGCAAGAAGCGCAACGACUUGGUGGAUUUCCAAGUCUUAGUCCAGAACUCGGGCCAGGGCAGCUGGUCUACAUCCCUCAACAAACUGGUCAAGGUUCAAGUCUAUGGCCUGGAGAUAACAGUCAGCUGGGCUCAUCAUGGAAGAGUUCUGGUGAAUGGUUUGCUGACCAACCUGCCCUACAGGAUGGGCCUGGACCAAGUCCUCAUCUAUCAGAAGGGCUGGGAUGUUGUGACCCAAACAGAUUUCGGCCUCACCAUCAACUUUGACUGGCAAAGCCGCCUCACGGUCACUGUGCCAAAGUCCUACGAAGGGGCCCUUGGCGGUCUCUGUGGCAACUUCAACAGCAACAAACAAGAUGACUUGGCACCCAGUGAUGCAGCCUCAGGUUCGACAGCCUUGGGACGGCGCUGGAAGGUGGCCGAGUCCCUUGGAUGCAGAGAAGUGAGCCCCAGGGUGUGUCCAGACUUGGAAAACAUUGCCCAGCGCCAGCGAGGUGUCAGUGCAGAAUGUGGACUCCUGGUGGACAAGAGGGGCCCGUUUAGGGAGUGCCAUGGCAGAAUUGACCCUGAGGUGUUUUUCCUGGACUGUGUUUUUGACUACUGCACCUUUAAUGGUCAGAAGGCUGUGCUGGGCCAUGUCAUUGCUGCUUACACUGCAGCCUGCCAAGCCAUACAGGUGACCAUAUAUAUCUGGAGGAUCCACAUAUUCUGGAAGCCGGUCUGUCCCCGAAACAGCCACUAUGAGCUCUGUGGCAGGAGCUGCCAACAGACCUGCAGCAGCCUCUACUCCCCUCUGCCUUGCUCAGCACACUGUGCAGAAGGCUGUGUCUGUGAUGAAGGCUUUGUGCUCAGCGGCGACCGCUGCGUCCCCAUGUCUCAGUGUGGCUGCGUCUACCAGGAGCGGUACUAUACAGCUGGGCAAACCUUCUACCCAACCAGCAAGUGCAAUGUGGAGUGUGUGUGCCAGGCUGGUGGAGCGGUUGCCUGCAAGGAAACCUCUUGUGGCCCUGGUGAGGAGUGUAGGGCAGUGGACGGCGUCCAUAAAUGCCACCCCGUUGGCUCAGCCACUUGCUCAGUCUCUGGCGAUCCCCAUUACAUCUCCUUCGAUGGAGUACGCUUCAACUUCCAGGGCACCUGCACCUAUGUCCUUGCUAAGGCUGCCAUCACAGACAAGAAGAACUUGAAGGCUUUCACCAUCACUGAAGAAAAUGAGGCCUGGGGGAGCAGAAAAGUCUCGGUCACCAAGAUGGUCUCUGUGGAAGUCUAUGGCACCACACUUACUUUGAUCCAGAACAAGAAGGGACAGAUCAAGGUGAACGGAGUGUUUCAUUCCCUACCUGUUGAAUUUUCUGGUGGACAUCUCAGAGCUUAUCAGCAUGGCACUAAAGUCCUGAUAGAAACCGACUUUGGUCUCAUUGUGAGCUAUGACCUGGUUUACCGUGUGACAAUCACCGUCCCAGGAAGCUACCGGAACCAAAUGCAAGGCCUGUGUGGGAACUACAACGGGAAGAAGGAAGACGACUUCCUGCUCCCUGAUGGCAAGACAACCUCUGAUGUAGCUAAAUUUGGUGCUGCCUGGAAGGUUCCAGUCCCUGGGGCAGUUGGACCUUGCUCAGAUGGAUGCUCUGGGAGCAGCUGCCCAGUCUGCGAGAAAAAGAAGGAGGAGGUUUUCAAGCAGCGCCAUUACUGCGGGAUCCUCACUGCGCCUGAUGGCCCCUUCAGUGCUUGCCAUGCAAAGGUGGACCCCAGUGUGUACUUCAGCGACUGCAUCUAUGAUGUGUGCCUGGGCAAUGGGGACAGCGAGGCCUUGUGUCAGAAUAUCCAGAGCUACACGUCUGCCUGCCAAGAAGCUGGGAUCCCCGUCCAGACCUGGAGGAGUCCAUCCUUCUGCCCUCUCAGCUGCCCUCCAAACAGCCAGUAUUCACUCUGUGCUGAUCUCUGCUCCACUCACUGUGCUGGGAUCACCGACUCCAGAAUAUGCCCCGGGACGUGCGCAGAGGGCUGCCAGUGUGAUGACGGGUUCUUCUUUGAUGGCCUCGGCUGUGUCACAGUGGAGACCUGCGGGUGCAAUGACAAUGGAACAUAUUAUAAGCCCCAUGAGAAGGUCAUGCUGAAUGAAUGCCAACAAAUCUGCAGCUGCGUCCCAGGCCGGGGAGUCACCUGCGAGUCACACAGCUGCUCCAGCGAUGAGGUCUGUGAGGUCCAGGAUGGGGUCAUGAGCUGCGUCAAUAAAGAUCCUUGCAAAGCCUUAAAGUGCCGGACCAAGGAGACGUGCAAGAUGGAGGAUGGCAGAGCAACAUGCGUCCCGAAUUACAACGAGACCUGCUGGGGCUGGGGAGACCCGCACUACCACACUUUCGACGGGAAGGACUUUGACUUCCAGGGCACCUGCACCUACACAAUUGCCAAGUAUUGCAGCAAUGACACCACCUUGGUGCCGUUCACGGUGGAGGCAAAGAAUGAUCACCGGGGGAGCCAGACCAUGUCCUAUGUGAGACAGGCCAAUAUCUAUGUUUAUGGGCACAGCAUCUCCAUCCGCAGGAAGGAAGCAGGCAGAAUCCGGCUGAACGGUAUCAUCACAAGCCUGCCUGUAACUUUGGAGGAUGGGAAGCUGUGGCUCUUCCAGAGUGGCUUAAACGCUGUGCUGCAAACCAACUUUGGCCUGGUGGUGACUUUCGACUGGAGCAUGAUCCUGGAGGUGACUUUGCCCAGCAGCUACUACGGCACCAUCUGCGGCCUCUGCGGGAAUUUCAACCAAAACCCAGAAGACGAGAUGGUGACGCCCACAGGCCACAAGCCUGCUUCUGAGGUGGAGUGGGCUAAGAGCUGGAAGGUGAACGACCGCGACCCUUUCUGCUGGGACGUCUGCGAUGGGAACUGCCCGACGUGUGAAGAGAGCCAACAGCAGCUCUUUGGAAGCGAGGAGUUCUGCGGGCUUCUCACCCAGCUGGGAGAGGGACCCUUCCGCGAAUGCCAUGACAAGCUGAGCCCCGACAACUUCUUUGACAGCUGCCUCUAUGACGUCUGCCUCAACCACGGGGCCAAAAACAUCCUGUGCAAAGCGCUGGAAGCUUAUGCUACUGACUGUCGCAAGGAAGGCGUGGUCAUCCACGAAUGGAGAGCAUGGAGCGGCUGCGCUUUGUCGUGCCCUGAGAAUAGCCACUAUGAGGCCUGUGGAAACGCCUGCCCAGCCAGCUGCUCUGACCGAUCUGCUCCUUCGACGUGCGAUAAGCCCUGCGUGGAAACCUGCCAGUGUGACCAAGGCUACGUGCUCAGCACUGACAAGUGCGUCCCCGUGAAGAGCUGUGGCUGCACUCACAAUGGCCUCUACUACAAGCCAGAGGAGGAGUUCUGGGCCGAUGAAACCUGUGGCUCUCGCUGCAGGUGUGAUCCCAGCCUGGGCAUUGUGGUGUGCAGUCCAGCCAGCUGCAAGGCUAGUGAAAGGUGCAUGACAGUGGAUGGCAUCCGGGGCUGCCACCCCAUCAGCUAUGCCACUUGCACAGCAACUGGGGACCAUCACUACACCACUUUCGAUGGGAAGAGAUAUGACUUUUCAGGCACUUGCAUCUAUCAGCUGGCUGGGCUCUGCUCCAAGGACCCAACUCUCACUCCGUUCACCAUCUCGAUCCAGAACAGCCAAGGCAGUAAGACAAUGCCUUUCUCUUCUGUGGUUACCUUGGACAUUUACAACAGAACCAUUAUGAUCAGCCAGGAGCAUCCUCACACAAUCAAGGUGGAUGGAGUAUUUGUGGAUUUGCCCUUCUACCAUGAAGAUAAGGUGAAGGCCUACAUCAGCGGAGCCCAUGUCCUUGUAAUAACCAACUUUGAUCUUACCGUGACCUUUGGCUGGAACAGACUGGUCCACGUCACUGUUCCCAAGAGUUACCGCAAUGCGCUUUGUGGCCUCUGUGGCAAUGACAACCAGGACUCCAGUGAUGAUCUGAUCAUGAAGGGCGGGACCCCAGCAGCCAAUGUCAACCAGUUUGCAGAGAGCUGGAAGAUAGGCGAGAUCCCUGGUUGUGGGAAUGGAUGCACCAGCAACUGCCCUGUGUGUGAAGAAGCACAGAAACAAGCCUACAAGGAGGACCGGUACUGCGGGAUCCUCAUCAGAAAGGAUGGGCCAUUCAAGCAGUGCCACAAAGCUAUUGAUGCAACAGCCUACUUCGAGGAUUGUGUUGUUGAUGUCUGCCGAUACAAGGGCCACCACGAGACUCUCUGCAGUGCCAUCAGUGCUUACGUGACAGCCUGCCAAGCUCAAGGCAUCCAGAUUGGGCAAUGGCGAUCAGCCUCCUUCUGCAGUCCUUCCUGCCCCCGUAACUCCCGCUAUGAUCUCUGUGGCAAUGGCUGCCCUGUCACCUGCCACGGCCUCUCGGCUCCUGAUGGGUGUCAAAUGUCCUGCAAAGAGGGCUGCUACUGCGAUGCUGGGUUUGUCCUGAGCGGAGACCAGUGUGUCCCUGUCGGGGACUGUGGCUGUGUGUACCAAGGCAGGUACUACAAGAAGGGAGACAGUUUUGUCCCCAGUGCCUCCUGCCACGAAAGAUGCCGCUGCGGAGACAACGGAGCUGUGGAGUGUCAGAAGGUCUCCUGUGGGGCCCAAGAGGAGUGCAGGGUGGAGAACGGCAUGCAAGGCUGCCAUUCCAUCAGCUGCGGCAAAUGCAGCGUGGCUGGAGGAACCCAGUACCUUACCUUUGAUGGACAGACCUUCAACUUCUUCGGCUCCUGCACUUACACCUUGGCCAAAGUCUGCAGCAAGAAUCCCGAGCUUGCACACUUUUCGGUGGUGGUGGAGAACGAGGGGUCAGGCGACAGUGAAGUUGUGCCAAAGAUGGUUGUUGUCACUGUGCAUGGUUACGCCAUCAGUCUUGUGAAAGGAAUGACCUGGAAGGUUCUGGUGGAUGGAGAGAUGCACGCCCUGCCGCUGGUGAUAGACAGGAGAGACGUUUGGGUAAAUCAGGAGGGGAAGAAUAUUGUCCUGCAGACAGAUUUUGGCCUAAAGGUCCUCUUUGAUUCCUCCCAUUACAUUCUGGUAUCUGUUCCCAGCGUGUACCAAGGUCAGAUGUGUGGCCUUUGUGGCAACUUCAACAGUGACAGGAGCGACGAAUUCCAACUGCCCAAUGAGAAGAGCUCUGGGAACGUGACAGAGUUUGGGGCAUCCUGGAAAGUAGAGCUCAAUAAUGCCGGCUGUUCAGAUGGCUGCGGGAAGAAAUGCCCCUUGUGUGAUGCUGCAGAGACAAAGCCGUACCAGGUCGAGAGCUCUUGUGGGCUGAUCAAAGCCACGUCAGGCCCCUUCAGCGAAUGCCACUCCCUGGUAAAGCCGACUGAGUACUAUAACCGCUGCCUCCAUGGCAUGUGUGCUGCCCAUGGAGCAAAGGACAUCCUCUGCCAGAGCCUCCAGGCCUACGUUGCUGUGUGCCAAGCAGCUGGAGCAAACAUCAAGGCGUGGAGGACAGCCUCCUUCUGCCCCCUUGCUUGCCCUGCCAACAGUCAAUAUGAGCUGUGCACCAGGUAUUGUGACUUUACAUGCGCAGGCCUUUCUGCUCCCACCCUGUGCACCAGGAAAUGCUUUGAAGGCUGCCAGUGCAUUGCUGGCUUCGUGUCUGAUGGGGAAGCCUGCGUGCCGAUGGAAAGGUGUGGCUGUGUGCAUGAUGGGUACUACAUCAAGGCUGAAGAAAGUAUUGUCUCCAAGGAUUGCUCUGAAAAAUGCACCUGCCAUGCCUCAGGCCGGCUCACCUGUGAAGAAUUCACCUGCAAGAAAGGAGAGGCAUGUGCCCUCAGGAACAGCGUGCGGGCCUGUGUGAAGCAGGAAGGCCAGUGUACCCUCACCUCAGGAGCCCAGCUCACCACCUUUGACGGUGCCUCGGGGGAAAUACUCUACAGCGGUGCCUAUGAAGUGGCUUCCCUCUGCAACAUCCACGCCCAUGCCUGGUUCCGAGUGGUGGUGGAUGUCAAGGAGUGCAGUGAUGGGGACGUGAUGGCUGGGGCUGCAGUCUAUGUCUUUUUCCGAGAUGCCUUCAUUGCCAUCAACAAGAACAAGGAGGCUUGGGUGAAUGGACAGCCCGUGAAACUCCCAGUGACUGUCUCUGAAGUUGUGUCUGUGAGCUUCUCCCAGGAUGUGGUUACAAUCAGCCAUGGGGCUGGUCUUCAGGUUCUCUAUGGACUCAGAGGGGAAGUGACAUUGAAGGUCAAAGACAGCCUGGCGGGCAAGCUUUGUGCAUCCUGCGGAAACUUCAAUGGUGACAGCUCUGAUGACCUGAUACUACCCAAUGGGAAGGUUGUGACGAACAUCGCUGAGGUUAUUGAUGCUUGGAAAGCCAGAGACUUUAUUGGCUGGUGA